AUGUCUUUAGAUUCACGUGCAGGUCCCCUCAUGGGUCGACUAGAUGGAAAAGUUAUCAUCCUGACUGCGGCUGCUCAGGGGAUUGGCCAGGCAGCUGCCUUAGCUUUCGCUAAAGAAGGAGCCAAAGUCAUAGCAACAGAUAUCAAUGAGGCCAAACUUCAGGAGCUGGAAAAGUACCCAGGUAUUCAAAUCCGUGUGCUGGAUGUCACAAAAAAGAAACAAAUUGACCAGUUUGCCAGUGAAGUUGAAAGAGUUGAUGUUCUCUUUAAUGUUGCUGGUUGGUUCUGCAAACCAGUAAGUAAAUGCAUGUAUUUUAAAGAAGUAGGAUUGGGGACACACUGGGUGGAAUUGUUUGCCUGUGUUUUGUUUCGGCAGAUGCUGGCUCAGAAGUCAGGCAACAUUAUCAACAUGUCCUCCGUCGCCUCCAGCAUCAAAGGAGUGGUGAAUCGGUGUGUGUACAGCACAAGCAAGGCAGCCGUGAUUGGCCUCACAAAGUCAGUAGCUGCAGACUUCAUCCAGCAGGGUAUCCGGUGCAACUGUGUGUGUCCAGGAACAGUUGAUACUCCAUCUUUGCAAGAAAGAAUACAAGCCAGAGAAAAUCCUGAAGAGGCACUGAACGAUUUUCUGAAGAGACAAAAGACAGGAAGAUUUGCCACCGCUGAGGAAGUGGCCCUGCUCUGCGUGUAUCUGGCUUCAGAUGAAUCGGCCUACGUCACCGGCAACCCUGUGGUCAUCGAUGGAGGCUGGAGCUUGUGACUUCAAACCCGUAGCAGAGCAGCGUCUCAAGAAAACCACCCCACAGCUCUCUCCCAAUGAAGGCAAGACCUUCCCAAUGACAGUUCCCAAGAGCCUGGUUCUUUGAACAGAUUAGUGUCUUUCUAAUCUCUCCUGAAAUGAUUACGUAAAAUCCAAUUAAAAAUAUUGAACUUGUUGAAAAGAA